UAUGUUAACGGCACACAAAAUCACCGUUCUUAUAAAUAUAUUUUUUAUAUUUAGUAACUAUAAUAAUAUUAAAGCACAUUUAGUAUCUUAUCCUUCAUUAACAUCAUUAUAUGGAACAUCUUUAAAAUAUUUUUCUGUGGGUAUCUUAUUUACAUUCAAUCCUAUUAUUUUUAUAAUAUUUGUAUAUUCUAUUAGAGAAAGUUUUUAUUCUAUAUUUUCAUCAUUAGUAUCAGGAAAUUAUCUAUAAUUAUAU